AUGGUAGAUGUCUACACUGCAAGCCCCUCCGUGGCAGAUGUCUACACUGGAAGCCCCUCCGUGGCAGAUAUCUACACUGGAAGCCCCUCCGUGGUAGAUGUCUACACUGGAAGCCCCUCCGUGGCAGAUGUCUACACUGCAAGCCCCUCUGUGGCAGAUGUCUACACUGGAAGCCCCUCCGUGGCAGAUGUCUACACUGGAAGUCCAUCCGUGGUAGAUGUUUACACUGGAAGCCCCUCCAUGGUAGAUGUCUACAUUGGAAGCCCCUCCGUGGUAGAUGUCUACACUGGAAGCCCCUCCAUGGUAGAUGUCUACAUUGGAAGCCCCUCCGUGGCAGAUGUCUACACUGGAAGCCCCUCCGAGGUAGAUGUCUACACUGGAAGCCCCUCCGUGGUAGAUGUCUACACUGGAAGCCCCUCUGAGGUAGAUGUCUACACUGGAAGCCCCUCCGUGGUAGAUGUCUACACUGGAAGCCACGCUGAGGUAGAUGUCUACACUGGAAGCCCCUCCGUGGUAGAUGUCUACACUGGAAGCCCCUCUGAGGUAGAUGUCUACACUGGAAGCCCCUCCGAGGUAGAUGUCUACACUGGAAGCCCCUCCGUGGUAGAUGUCUACACUGGAAGCCCCUCCGUGGUAGAUGUCUACACUGGAAGCCCCUCCGUGGUAGAUGUCUACAUUGGAAGCCCCUCCGUGGUAGAUGUCUACACUGGAAGCCCCUCCGUGGUAGAUGUCUACACUGGAAGCCCCUCCGUGGUAGAUGUCUACAUUGGAAGCCCCUCCGUGGCAGAUGUCUACACUGGAAGCCCCUCCGUGGUAGAUGUCUACACUGGAAGCCCCUCCGUGGUAGAUGUCUACACUGGAAGCCCCUCCGUGGUAGAUGUCUACACUGGAAGCCCCUCGGUGGUAGAUGUCUACACUGGAAGCCCCUCCGUGGUAGAUGUCUACACUGGAAGCCCCUCCGUGGUAGAUGUCUACACUGGAAGCCCCUCCGUGGUAGAUGUCUACACUGGAAGCCCCUCCGUGGUAGAUGUCUACACUGGAAGGCCCUCCGUGGUAGAUGUCUACACUGGAAGCCCCUCCGUGGUAGAUGUCUACACUGGAAGCCCCUCCGUGGUAGAUGUCUACACUGGAAGGCCCUCCGUGGCAGAUGUCUACACUGGAAGCCCCUCCGAGGUAGAUGUCUACACUGGAAGCCCCUCCGUGGUAGAUGUCUACACUGGAAGCCCCUCCGUGGUAGAUGUCUACACUGGAAGGCCCUCCGUGGUAGAUGUCUACACUGGAAGGCCCUCCGUGGCAGAUGUCUACACUGGAAGCCCCUCCGAGGUAGAUGUCUACACUGGAAGCCCCUCCGUGGUAGAUGUCUACACUGGAAGCCCCUCUGAGGUAGAUGUCUACACUGGAAGCCCCUCCGUGGUAGAUGUCUACACUGGAAGCCACGCUGAGGUAGAUGUCUACACUGGAAGCCCCUCCGUGAUAGAUGUCUACACUGGAAGCCCCUCUGAGGUAGAUGUCUACACUGGAAGCCCCUCCGUGGUAGAUGUCUACACUGGAAGCCACGCUGAGGUAGAUGUCUACACUGGAAGCCCCUCCGUGGUAGAUGUCUACACUGGAAGCCCCUCUGAGGUAGAUGUCUACACUGGAAGCCCCUCCGAGGUAGAUGUCUACACUGGAAGCCCCUCCGUGGUAGAUGUCUACACUGGAAGCCCCUCCAAAACACAACUUCCAGCGCAGACAUCAUGA